AUGUGAUUUAGGGUUAAUAGUUCUUAGUUUUAAUUUAAGAACAAAAUCAGAGAAUGGUCAAUUUUUCAGAUCUCGUUCCACGAAUGAGUUGAUAUUUGUCCCACCCACCGUUACCGGAGUUCGUCCAAGAAAUUUACGAGAUUCAAUCUCUCUGUCGGCAACCCACCAUCACUACCAGAUCUUCUCUCCGUUGACGGCAGCUAUCUCUCUCUCUCUCCUCCAGUUCAGGGGGGAAAAAAGCUUAAGGCGUCCGUUGGAAUUGGAUGGUGAAGACCUCGAUUCCAAGAAAAAGAGCUGUGUCUUGUAUGCAUAAUGAUGUGAAGGAGAUGGAAUUGAUUUAGUGGAAACAUGGCAAAGGGAAGUCAUGAAAAUGUUGCUUUCAUAGAUGUUGAGAAUUAUAGGUUGGAUGAUGUUAUUAUCAUUGAUGAUACUGAAUUUGUUACUAAGAAAUUUCAAAGGCCCAAAGUAUCAGCAAAAAGCAGAAAAAGUCCUCCGUGUAUAUAUGUAGAUGGUUGCAGCUCAGAUGAGGAUGCCUGCUCACCUUCAAGAACCUUUCCUUCGUCCUCUCAGCGGCAUUUUGUAGAGUUAGAUGGUCGACAAAGCCGAAAACAAUAUGCAUUUUUUAUGGGAAAGUGUAGGCGAGGCAACUGUGGGAAAGCACCAGUUAGAAAUCAUUUUGGUUUACAUAUCAGUUCCCACAGCAGUUCCUCAGAUAGUGAUAGUUCUGAUUGUGAAGUUAUGGAAGGGUCUUUUGAAAAUCUCCGAAAACAGUGGGAAGAGGCUUCCUUGAGAAGAAAGCAUGAUGUUCGCCGUGCUUACUUCAGAGUAGAUGACCAAGAUAAGGCAUCUGCUUCUCAUCGUGUUGAUUCUGAUACCAAUUUUGAUGUAGAAAAUCAAAUGAAGCAGAAAUCUGAAGUACAAGGGUGUUCCAGUUCUAAAAAUGCUGAAACUGGUGGUUGCUGUUUGUUGACUGGACCAAAGAGCAAUUCAGCUGAAAAUGGUUCUCUUACACCCUUCACUGUGAAGGAUCUAAUUUGUGAACGGGAAAGGCUGAAGGAGACGGAUGAAUACAGGCGAGCAAUGGAAGAAGAAUGGACAACUAGGCAACAAGAGUUACAAAUUCAGGCUGAAGAAGCACAAAGAUUACGUCGAAAAAGAAAAGCGGAUAGAAUGCGACUAUUAGACAUGCAAAAAAGGCAAAUGAAACGUUUGGAAGAAGUGAGAGAGACACAAAAGAAGGAUGAGGAAAAUAUAAACUUAAAGGAACAACUUCGUGUGAAUGUGAGAAAAGAGCUAAGUAAGUUGGAAAUGAAUUGCACCGAUAUGGCCUCCUUGUUACGUGGCUUGGGAAUUCAAGUUGGAAGCGGUUCACAUCCUUCAUCACAAGAGGUGCAAGCAGCAUAUAAAAGGGCGUUGCUCAAGUUUCAUCCCGAUCGCGUAUCCAGCACAGACAUACGCCAACUCGUCGAGGCUGAGGAAAAAUUUAAACUUAUUUCUCACAUGAAGAAAACAUUUAUGUGGUAACCAAGUAGUCAUUGUUCUUAUUUUCCUGCAUGUUCAUAUUAAUUUGAUAUUGGUGGUCAGGCAAAUGUUACAUAUUCUUGUUGCCCUUUUUAGUUCGCAAAAAGCAUAUCAUAUCAUAUCAUAUCCAUAGGUAGGUCUCAUAUACAUGUUAUUUAUUAUUAUAACUAUUACUAUUUUCUCAAGAAUAAUCUUUAGGAAUUGACAAGAAGCUGCUGAUAGUUUAUGUCGGAAGACUCAAUAUGUCGUUAGUUGGUAUUCUACUUGUUUGUUUUAGCUCAUACGAAAUACAAUCAAAUCGAAUUGUGGCUGGCUUU